AUAAAAUAAAAUAAAUCCAAAUUCUUCUGUUCUUCCCCAGCCGUCGUCGUGCUUUCCUUCAUUCAUAGACUUCAGAGAAAACUGUUUGGAUUUUUCGAAUUUGUUUCCUUUUCUUCAUCGAAGGGAGCGAUUUCAGAUGCGGAAAGAUGGCAUUGAUGCUGCAGCCGUGGACUGUGGUGGUGUUUCCCUACCAGGACCAGAUCAGGACAUUGACCUUGAGAAGCAGGAGCAUACCACUGUGUUGCCCGUAGAGGAUGUUAAUUGUGUCUCCUUGGAGGAUUCAAUCAAUGAGCACAAUCCGGGGUUAGUCACCAUUGUGAUUUCUGAUGGGGAAUCUCGAACUACUCACGAAUUAUUGGAGAAGCCUAUGAAGACUGUGGAGUCCGGUGGGGAGCAAUUGCCUUGUGUGGCUUCUCCCAAGAAGGGUUAUUUAUCGAGAAAUUCAAGCUCUCACGAGCAAUGCAGAGUUUGUCAGCAGGAGAAGGACGAAGUUUUAAUAGAUCUCGGAUGCAAAUGUCGAGGUGGUCUUGCGAAAGCGCACCGAUCAUGCAUAGAUACCUGGUUCCGUACAAAAGGAUCAAACAAAUGUGAGAUAUGCCAAAAUGUGACGGUGAAUGUGCCACCUCCAGAGGCCCAGCUAGGUUCAAAUUACUGGGUAUGGAGGAUUGAUACAAACUUCAGAUCACCAGAUCGUGAACGGGGCUGUUAUAGUCCUCUUUGGGUUGCUUUCUCGAUACUUAUUGGCGGUCUCCUUUUGGACGUUUUGAUAUCCGUCACCCUUGGUGUGUCUGCACUGCCUGUGAAUAUUAUAAUCGGGGUGAUUGUGGUACUUGGACUCGGAACUGCCCUCCGACUGACCCUGGAAUUCUGCCAUGAGUGGAGAAUGAGGAGGAUAGUAGAAACAGAUGUGAAUCUUGGGUAUCAUCCUGGUUUGUAAGUACUGUAUAUAAAUUAAGAAUUAAGUAGAGCAGUGUUACCAAUACUACCUGAAAAUUGUUGAUAUUUGUCCUUUGAGGGAUUCAUUUGGUGGUCACUCUUUUAUUUUCUUUUUUUUUUUCUCGGCACACUCAUCUCAGUAUAUAGAAGGGAAUUUUUAUAUGGCUAUCUAUUA